UCAUGUUCAGGAACACGAGUGCCCUUAUUUCUCACUCAAAUCAGAGCAGCGAAGACUCUUUGUGACCCUCUCCAAACGGCGGCUUACACCGUCAAUUUCCGGCGAGAAAUGUCCGGUGGCCGUACGAUCAGAGCACUGAACGUGGCGGAGAAGCCGUCUGUGGCUAAGGCGGUAGCGGGAAUAUUAUCGAGGAACCAAGGGCUGAGAGUGAGAGAAGGGAGGUCGAGGUAUAACAAGAUCUUCGAGUUCAAUUACACAAUCCGUGGACAGCCAUGUCAAAUGCUCUUCACAUCCGUCAUCGGCCAUCUCAUGGAGCUCGAGUUCGAAGACCGGUAUCGGAAGUGGCACUCCUGCGACCCCGGCGAUCUCUACCAAGCUCCUGUUCGCAAAUAUGUCCCUGAGGACAAGUUGGAUAUUAAAAGGACAUUGGAGGAGGAAGCUAGGAAGUGCCAGUGGCUUAUUUUGUGGCUGGAUUGUGAUCGAGAAGGAGAAAACAUCGCAUUUGAAGUGGUGCAAGUUUGCACAGAAGCAAAUCGUCAUUUAAAUAUAUGGAGGGCUCGUUUUUCUGCAUUAAUUGACAGGGAAAUCCGUCAAUCAGUGGAGAAUCUUGUUCAACCUAAUAAAUUGUUUGCUGAUGCAGUAGAUGUUAGGCAGGAAAUAGAUCUUCGGAUUGGCGCUUCUUUCACUAGAUUUCAGACUAUGCUGUUGAAAGAUGCAUUUGUUCUUGAUUUUGCUACAGAUGACAGAAAUCUUGUUCUGAGUUAUGGUCCUUGUCAGUUCCCUACGCUGGGCUUUGUUGUGGAACGAUUCUGGGAGAUACAAUCCCACGAGCCUGAAGAGUUCUGGACAAUCAAUUGCACUCACAACUCGGACGAGGGCAUUGCUACCUUCAAGUGGAUGCGUGGGCAUAUGUUUGAUUACACUUGUGCAGUAAUAAUCUACGAGAUGUGUAUUCAGGAACCCACUGCUACUGUCACUAUAGUUAGACAGCAGGAGAAGCUGAAGUUUUCUCCUCAUCCUUUAAGUACCAUUGAGCUUGAGAAACGUGCGUCACGAUACUUUCGAAUGAGUUCUGAGCACACCAUGAAGGUGGCAGAAGAUCUUUACCAAGCUGGUUUCAUCAGUUAUCCUCGUACUGAGACUGACGGUUUUUCUGAGAGGACUGAUUUGCAUAUAAUUGUGCAAGAACAACAAGGACAUCCUAUAUGGGGCUCAUAUGCACAGCGGUUAUUGGACCCUGCAGCAGGAUUGUGGAGAAACCCUAGUGGCGGUGGACAUGAUGACAAAGCCCAUCCUCCCAUUCACCCAACAAAAUUUUCAGCCGGAGAAUCGGGAUGGAGUCAAGACCACCAUAAACUGUAUGAGCUUGUUGUUCGCCAUUACUUGGCAUGUGUUUCCCAACCAGCUGUAGGAGCUGAAACUACAGUUGAAAUUGAUAUUGCUGGUGAAAUGUUUUCUGCAUCUGGAAGAGUGAUAAUUGCUAGAAACUACUUGGAUGUUUACCGGUUUGAAUCAUGGGGAGGUACAAUGAUCCCGACGUAUACAUUUGGGCAACAGUUUAUCCCAACAACACUGACUCUUGAUUCAGGAGUUACUAGACCUCCACCCCUUUUAAGCGAAGCUGAUUUGCUAAGUUGUAUGGAUAAGGCAGGCAUUGGCACAGACGCAACGAUGCACGAUCACAUAAAGAAGCUCCUUGAUCGGUUUUAUGCCACUAAAGACUCAAAUACUCGUUUCUCACCAACCAAUCUUGGUGAGGCAUUAGUUAUGGGAUAUGACGACAUGGGGUAUGAACUCUGGAAACCAUAUCUCCGAGCCUUGAUGGAGAGUGACAUGAAAUCUGUUAGUACAGGUGCAAAGCGAAAAGCUGAUGUUUUGGCAACUUGCUUGCAGCAGAUGAAAGCUUGUUUCUUAGAUGCAAGAUUGAAUAAAGUAAAACUCUUUGAAGCCAUGGCCAUUUUCUUUGAGAGAUCUAACAGAUCUGGUGGAGAUGAUCAGCAUGCAGUUGGAGAUGUUAUUCGGCGUUGUGGCCUGUGCCAGGAAUCAGAUAUGGUGCUUAGGCGAAAACCGGAUGGAAAUUUUAUGGUUGGUUGCUUAGGAUAUCCUCAAUGUAGGAAUGUUGUCUGGCUUCCGGGAUCCCUAUCAGAAGCAUCUGUUACCACUAAUGUUUGCAACACAUGCACUCCAGGUCCUGUUUUCAAGAUUCAAUUUAAGUUCCGAAGGUUGGAGAUACCACCAAACUACAGUGCUGACUACUUGGGUUGCAUUGGUGGCUGUGAUGAGAUUCUGAAACAGUUGGUAGAAAUUUGUGGAACUGGCUCCCGCAAUCUAUCCAGCACACCUGCAAGAGGACGGGGACGCACCACAUCAUCCAGCAGCGCCCAACGAAGUAAUUCUAGACAGAGUGCUUGUACCCAUUGCAAUCAACUAGGUCAUUCUUCAAAUGAUUGCCCUUCACAGGCUUCUCACUUUCGCAGCGUUCGAUCUCAGGAAAUGAACCCACAAACUGGAGAAUCUUCAAUUCCUUGUAAUACAUGUGGUGCACCAUGUGUUUUACGCACUGCGAAUACCGCAAAUAACAGGGGAAGAAAGUUCUACUCAUGUCAAUCUCAGGAAUGCGGCUUCUUUGUAUGGGAGGAUAAUAUGAAUAGUAGAGGGGGAAGAGGUGCCCCACGAGCAAAUAUCAGUAGCUCGGCAUCUAAUCCCCUCAGGACGGGCACCCAUGGCAGGCGUGGUCGGGGCAGAGCGCAUGGCACUGGCACGACAUUUGUGUCAGCAACAGGUGAUCCUGUAUCAGAUAGAAGGUGUUACGUUUGUGGUGAUGCAUCGCAUUUUGCCAAUGUUUGCCCAAAUCGUGGUAUGUGACUAAUGCCCUUCACCUUAAGAGUACAUGUUGCAAGUCUGUGUAUUCAAUUGGAGAUGAUUGGAGGCAGAAAAGAAACAUAUCCGGUACCUUUUUGGUUCUUGUAUGUUGCAGAAUUCUGAGGAAUUUUGAAUUAUGUUAUAUUAAUGUAUUUUUGAUCUGUU